AUGCUCUUUCAGAAAGCUGAUGGAUGCACUGACUGGUCUGUGGAUUACAAGAAAUAUCAAGUUCUAGUGGGAGAACCUGUUCGUAUAAAAUGUGCACUCUUUUAUGGAUAUAUUAGAGCUAAUUACUCCCUAGCUCAAAGUGCUGGACUUAGUUUGAUGUGGUACAAAAGCUCUGGACCUGGAGACUUUGAGGAACCUAUAGCAUUUGAUGGAACUAGAAUGAGCAAAGAAGAAGACUCCAUUUGGUUCCGACCGACAGUGGUACAAGACAGCGGGCUCUAUGCAUGUGUUAUAAGAAACUCAACUUACUGUAUGAAAGUGUCCAUUUCGCUGACGGUGGGUGAAAAUGACACUGGACUCUGCUACAAUUCAAAGAUGAAAUAUUUUGAAAAAGCUGAACUUAGCAAAAGCAAGGAAAUCUCAUGUCCUGAAAUUGAGGAUUUUUUAUUUCCAUUUAGGGAGCCUGAAAUUCUGUGGUAUAAGGAAUGCAAGUCAAAGACAUGGAGAUCAAGUAUUGUGUUUAAAAAGGACACUCUUGUCAUUCGGGAAGUUAGAGAGGAUGACAUUGGAAAUUACACUUGUGAGUUAAAAUAUGGAUUCUUUGUUGUCAGAAGAACUACGGAAUUAACAGUUACAGCACCACUAACAGAUAAACCACCAAAGCUCUUACACCCCUUGGAGAGUAAGCUAACAAUUCAGGAGACCCAGUUAGGCGGUUCUGCUAAUCUCACCUGCCGAGCUUUCUUUGGAUAUAGUGGAGAUGUCAGUCCUUUAAUCUACUGGAUGAAAGGGGAGAAAUUUAUUGAAGAUUUGGAUGAUAGUCGAGUCUGGGAAAGUGAUAUCAGGGUUCUCAAGGAACAUCUUGGGGAACAGGAGGUUUCUAUCUCAUUGAUUCUUGACUCUGUGGAAGAGGCAGACCUCGGGAAUUACUCGUGCUACGUUGAGAAUGGAAAUGGACGCCGGCAUGCCAGCAUACUCCUACAUAAAAGGGAGUUGAUGUACACAGUUGAGCUUGCUGGUGGUCUUGGUGCUAUUCUGCUGCUGCUUGUUUGUUUAGUGACUAUCUACAAGUGUUACAAGAUAGAGAUUAUGCUCUUCUACAGGAAUCAUUUUGGAGCUGAAGAACUAGAUGGAGAUAACAAAGACUAUGAUGCAUAUCUAUCUUAUACCAAAGUGGAUCCUGACCAGUGGAAUCAAGAAACUGGAGAAGAAGAAAGGUUUGCUCUUGAGAUCUUACCAGAUAUGCUUGAAAAGCAUUAUGGAUAUAAGUUGUUCAUACCAGACAGAGAUUUGAUUCCCACAGGAACCUACAUUGAAGACGUGGCAAGAUGUGUAGACCAAAGCAAGCGACUGAUCAUUGUCAUGACUCCAAAUUAUGUGGUAAGAAGAGGCUGGAGCAUCUUUGAACUGGAAACAAGGCUUCGAAACAUGUUAGUCACGGGUGAAAUCAAAGUGAUACUGAUUGAAUGCAGUGAACUACGGGGAGUUAUGAACUACCAGGAGGUCGAGGCCCUGAAACAUACCAUCAAGCUCCUCACUGUCAUUAAAUGGCAUGGACCAAAAUGCAACAAGUUGAAUUCCAAGUUCUGGAAACGUUUACAGUACGAAAUGCCUUUUAAGAGGAUUGAACCCAUCACACAUGAGCAGGUUUUAGAUGUCAGUGAGCAGGGGCCCUUUGGGGAACUGCAGACAGUCUCCGCAAUUUCCAUGGCUGCUGCCACCUCCACUGCUCUUGCCACUGCCCAUCCAGACCUGCGCUCCACCUUUCAUAACACAUAUCAUUCACAGAUGCGCCAGAAACACUAUUAUCGAAGCUAUGAAUACGAUGUACCUCCUACCGGCACCCUGCCGCUUACCUCAAUAGGUAACCAGCAUACCUACUGCAACAUCCCUAUGACACUUAUAAAUGGGCAGCGACCGCAGACAAAAACUAACAGGGAGCAGAAUCCAGAAGAGGCUCAUACAAACAGUGCGAUACUGCCCCUCUUGCCACGGGAAACCAGUAUAUCAAGUGUCAUUUGGUGACCGAAAUGCAAGGGGCCAUCAACCCCCUUUAGUAGGAGCUGAGUCUGCAGUCCGGUGCCUGGAACUACAUCCUCGACUGCUGCUGUUAAACAUGCAUUACAAUCGAUAACAUACGAGGAAAAACAGGGUCUUGUACAUAUGUUUUUUGCAAUUUCUUUGUAGCAUCAGUCUUCCUGUUUUACCCAUGUCUCUUCCCAUUCACAUUUUUGACUUUGUUUUAUAUGUCAUUGAAAUUUGUAUAUUUACAUUUUUUUAAAUGAAGAGACUGCUGUAUAGAUAGGAAACUUUUUUGCUUCAUUAGUAUAGUUUUAGACUUUUUGUUUGUCUGUUUUUAACCUCUCAUGGGAAUGCUUGGACAAAGCUAUGUUGAUAUCAGAAGCACCAUCCAUUUUGUUGGCCUGCCUAGCCUGAUUCCUGGAGGCCAUGCCUGCUGCAGUUCACCCAUUUUGGAGAAUAUUUGUUCUUAGAAGGACCCCAUCCCUCACUGAGAGCUCCAGUUUAAUUUCUACUCCUGUAAUGUGCACUGCUGCUUCCCUGCCCUUACAAUGACCCGCAUUCGGGGUAACACUACAGUCUGAUCAUCUAACAUGUAACUUGGUAGAUACCUGUCAAACAACAGAAUAUACCCAUCUGUAUCGGUUGCUUCACAGUAGUCACUACAGAGUGUGUAGAAAUUAGAGAUGGUUUGGUUUUUGCUUUCUUGGGUUUGUUUGUUUUUUUUUUAAUUAUUAUUUUAAGAAUGAGUUGAUUGUAUCCCUUUUAUAAAUAUAAAAGCAAACCCUAAUUUUAACACUUCUUGGAAAAGUAUUAAUGUCGUUGUGGAUUUUAUUUUUAAUUUUUCUUUUCCCCCUUUCAAAAUCCUGCAAAUAAGAUCAUUUGCAAUUGUCAGGCAAGUAAGACAAGUGAGGCAAUAGGCACUGAAGUGCAGAAAAUCCUGCUGGUUUUUACGGUGAUGACUUCUAGACCAAAGGGGAAUUAAAAGACAGUAUUGUAGAGGGUUUGUCACUUUGUAUUAUAGAAAGUGUUAUUUUCUAAAAAAGUAAGAGCAAAACAUUAUUUUGCUGUAGAUUACAGAGUCCCCAUGUAUUUUAAUGUUCCAAAACCUGUAUUUGCUUUAAAAUUAUAUAUUCAGGAUUAAGAAAUAUUAUUUCAUUUGGGUUUAGCUUGUAACAAUAAGUAAAACUUUACUAAUUUCACCAUGAUUUCAGUAAGAACUCAGGCAGAAAAAAAUGACAUGAAUACCAACAAAUAUCAUUGUUUUCAGAAUAAACUUUAUUUAUACAAAAUUAAUA